AUGAGAGAGUCAAAUGACCUGACACUGAGGAAGAGGAGAAAAGUGAAACUGGUCUUCCAUCUCCCUGAUUUAUCAGUUUCAUUCCCUGUUGAUGAAGCUGACAAGAUUGUUGGAGGCUACACCUGUGAGGAGAAUUCUGUCCCAUACCAGGUGUCCCUACAUGAUGGCUACUCCUACUACUAUGGCAGCUCCCUCAUCAAUGACCUGUGGGUAGUGUCUGCAGCUCACUGCUAUGAUUACUACAUCCAAGUGAGACUGGGAGAGCAUAACAUCAAAGUCAUUGAGGGAGAUGAACAGUUUAUCAAAGCUGCAAAGGCCAUCCGCCACCCCAGCUACAACUCAAAGACCUUGGACAAUGAUGUCUUGUUGAUCAACCUCUCUUCACCUGCAUCCCUCAACUCCCGGGUGGCUACAGUAUUUCUACCCAGCUCCUGUGCACCUGCUGGCACCCAGUGCCUUAUCUCUGGCUGGGGCAACACCCUCAGCUCUGGUGUUAAAAUUCCAGACCUGUUGCAGUGUCUGGAAGCCCCACGGCUAAGUCAAGCCUACUGUGAAGUCUCCUACCCUGGGAAAGUCACCAGCAACAUGGUCUGUGCUGGCUUCCUUGAGGGAGGCAAGGAUUCCUGCCAGGAUGACUCCAGUGGCCCUGUAGUCUGCAAUGGAGAGCUCCAGGGAAUUGUCUCCUGGAGCUAUGGCUGUGCCCUGAAAGACAAUCCUGGAAUAUACACCAAAGUGUGCAGGUAUUUGGAUUGGAUUCAAGACACCAUUGCUGCCAACUGA